UUCACUAGUAGAAAGUAAGGUGUUCGUACAUGUUUCGCCGGGCUGAGUGAUCUGCAUAUGUGCAAAAGAUGGAAGAUUACUUUAGUUCCACCUACGCACCUCACAUCUCGGGCACCCACUCGAAGAGUCCUACUAAACGAGCACUCUACAGAAACCAAGAGGAGUCCAUGCAUUCGACAGCCUACUAUGAAUACCCCACAGAGAAACCUUUCAUUAAUGAUAAUUACCAAGAUAACCCAGACAAGCCUGUGUCCACAUCUCCUGAAAAUAACAGAUUAGCUGUUAUAUCGGCAUUGAAAAAUUUACGGGAAAAAAUUAGGAAGUUAGAAACAGAAAGGGCGGCUGCAGAAACCAAUCUAAAAAGUUUGGCAGCCGAGACUCACAAAUACAAAGAUAUUCUAACAAAGGAGCCAGAUCAUGUGGAACCAACGCAAACCAUUAUGUCACAACAGUCACAAGAAUUGGAAUCCCAGCUGACAGCAGCAGAGACACGUAGCGGAUUACUGGAGAAGCAACUUCAACACAUGAGGAAGCUUGUUGAAAAUGCUGAGUCAGACAAACGUGAUGCUGUAACCAAGUCAACGUUGUUACAGGAGCGACAACAACGUCAGGAGGACUAUAGCAAACCUUCAAUAACCUUUGACCCUCAGGCAGAAAAGAUUAGUCACCUGGAGCGAGAGCAGUUGAAGUUAACAGCAACACAGACGCUAGCAGAGGGUAAAAUCCGAGACUUGGAAGAGAAGAUUAAAGAAGAACGCCUUCAAAGACAGUUGAUGUCAGAAAAAACAGCAGUGCUGGAGACAGAAGCACAUACAAACAGAAUACUGAUGAAUGCUGGUGCAUUUCCUGAGAAACGGCCAACAUCAGCACGGACAAAGAAAGUAAAGAAAAAGAAAAAAUCAGCUUCAAACAAGAAGCAGAAGACACAGCCAGCUGAGCAGGAGCCAGAGAGACGGCGCGAGGCACUCAAACAUUACAGACUUAACCUCGCUGACAUUCCAUUUGUAGCUGGCAAGUCUUCUACCCCUAGUCAUUCUGUUGGUGCUAAUGUCCAGCGUGUGUUGUCGCUGAUGAAGUCACAUAACAUGGCUUUGUGUUCCUCCGCUGACCAAUGUGAUACUCAGAGGUCUUCCAGUACAUCGUCCGGGUCAAGUUCAGAUGGUCUGGACCACGACCUUGCCGAACUCUUGCUACAACUCCAGGAUGAGUUUGGACAGAUGAGUGUAGAGCAUCAGGAACUGUCAAAGCAGAUCAACGAGGUAACAGAUUCACGGGUACGAGACGACUUGGAGCGAGAGUUGGACUCACUGGUGGGACGCAUGGAGUCUAAAAGUCAGCAGAUAUCAAAAGUUAGGAAACAUCAAGAAAAGGUAUUACAGCUUGACCUCAAGAAGAAGAAAAAGAAAAGUUCUGAUCACCCCAAGAAAACGCAGCGACCAAAAUCAGCAAAUACAAAUUAUACACAAACAACAUCUGAAGUGGAAGUCACAACAACAAUAAAAACGAAGGGACGUGGUGCGGGUCUCGUACACGUACGACCGUCAAGUGGCCGAGAGGUAUCACUUGGUGUGUUAAAGGACAUGCGCAAAUUACAAACGACAUUACGACGAGAUGACCUUCAUUGGGAAUAACAUUAGAUUACCAUUAUAUAUGUUCAUGUCUCGUGUUCUGCAUUUGGGGUUUUUUAUGAGAUUCAAUAAAGAUAAAUUAUAAUAAGUUCUGAAAAGUAUUAUUAAGUUUUGCCAUACUUGUCAAGUAAAAGUACAUAUAUUUGGACACAAAUGAUACAUGUACUCAGUUUCUUUUUAAAAGAUUAGUAAAUAAGUAAAAAGGAUAUGAAUAGAAAAAAUUACCAGAAAAAUAAUGAUAUGCAAAAUAUUGAUGUAAUGGUAUUAUUUAUCCUCAGAAAAAAAUAGAGCUCAAAUCAUUUUCUUUUAAUCGUUACUUGAAUAUGAUGCAAAAUUAGAAAUCUAAUGCACUUAAUUAUUUAGAUAUAAAUAGAUUUCUGACAAUAGAACCCCAAAGGUAUGUCUUUGUGUAUGUGUCAUAUUGAUGUAUCUCUAAAGAAUUCAAAGACCAGGAAAUGUUUUCCUUGUCGGUGUGUAUCUCGUCUAAUUGUACUUAUUCAUUAGUCUUGUAUCAGAAAUGUAUGUGUUACUCAUAGUACAGUAAGACCUCAUUAGACCAGGCAUUUUAGUCUCUGUUCUGGGAAAACAUGGUAUCCACAGUUACUUAGAUGGGAAAAUCUCCCUCACAGGUAAUGUUUUUAUAUACAUAAGAGCAGCUUUUCACUUCAUGGAUUUCCGUUAAGCAAGAUUUAGUUGUGCUGGGUAUCAGUAUACAAAUCCAUUAUCAGUUAUCACUGGAGCACGACAAUAAUCUUCAUUUCAUGGUUCAUAUAGAAGUAUGUCGUUUUGAUACGAAAGGUAGGGAUAAUUGCUAACCCUCAGUGUUGGAACACCAUAUUCACUAAAACUCUUACUAUACAAACUUAAGUAUUCUUGAGCAAACCAAAUAUAGAAAAUAUGUAAAAUAUAUAUAUAUUUGAAAUCAUGACAAGAAAAGUUCUGGAAAAAACAACAAAAUUUAGUUGGAUUCUUUUUAAAAUAAAUUCUUUACAUUUACGUAUAUGUAGAGUUAUACUUUUUCAGUGAAAAUAUAACCGAUAUAUUAAAGGCUUUGCAGUUUAUAAGUUAAUGAAGAUCAUGAAAUGGAGAAUAAAGAAAAAAAAACUUGCAUAUAGUACAUAUAUAUAUAAAUAUAAUAUAUAUAAAUGAAAUGUAUAUGAUAAAUGUUGUCAUGCAAUGUAAUCGGUUUUCACUUCCAAAAUAAAUUUUGCUUUCGUAAACUAUCAAUGAUAAUGACCUUGUAUAGACUAUCUGAAUCCAUUGGUUGUCACUGAAACAGAAUCUAGUGCUUUAGAAAAAGGAAACUAAAAUGUUCCUGUUUCAUGAGUGAAGGGAAUGCAUGUAUCAAUCUGCAUGGCAAGAUAAUUUUUUGUGUAGGGAAGUGGAAAAGUUUGCAGAACAGGGUAUUCCAUCCAAAAAAGUAGGUAAGGUGCAUUUAUGUAAUUUGUAAAUUUAUUCAAAUAUAUUACAUAGUAUGAUGUAGUGUCAGUUGUUGCAGGCUGCUUAACCUGUGAAUCUAUAUGUCCUUGGUGUAUGCAUGGUGUCAGGUUCCUUUCACAGCUUGUGAAUGGUAAGACUUGAUCAGUAUUGAGUUAAUGAUGGAAUGUUGUUUGCCUGUGAUCUGAGAGUAACCUUUUUAUGUCAGAUAAAAGUGAAUUGAGAAGUUCCACUACAGAGAAAAUGUCUGGCUUUGUUAUCAUAUUGACAGCCUGUAUGAAAGCUCACAGGGCAUCUCUGGGGACAUUGCCCCAUAUAACCACCAUUAUUGGUGGACAGUAUGUAGUUUUUCUAUUACCUUCAACAUACAUCAAUUAAUCUUUCAGUGGUUUUGUGUUUGAUGUUUGGUAACAAAUAGCUGACCAGGAACUCAUGAGAAAGUCUAAGGAACCAUAUUUUUAACUUAAGAUUUUUGUGACGCAAAAUGUCAUUUGUUAUAUAUAAACAUGUGUCAAUUCUGAAUUGUUGCCUGUUCCUCGGUCACACACUGGUCACUGGGAUUCAUUCUCUUAUGAAUCCAUGUUCGUACAGAACGGUAAAUGAUAUUUUAGUGAAUUGUCUUGCCAACUGAAAUUUUUUGUGAAAAUGAACAUGCAAGUCUGUGAUAUGUGUUUAGUGUUAAUCAAGAUUUUUUUAAAAAAAAAUAUAGAUUGCUUACAAAAUUUGUCAUUGUUAUCUCGAUAAGUAUGGUCAAGGCAAAAUUUUAACUUAAUCCAUUACUUGUUUAAAUGUAUUUAAUACAGGGCUCGAUAUUCUUUUACCUGUUUGAAUGGCUGAUUUUCUUUUAAAGGGUAGUUUCAUUUGUCUAGUGUUAAAGUACACUAUGAAAUGAUUUCCCUUGGAGCACAUAUUGUGUUUACCUGGUAAUCACAAACAAUGAUAUUAAUAUUUCCUGAAUACACAGGGAAAGACUUUUACCAUAUUUCACCUAUUACUGCUACCAAUGGUAAUUAGUACAAACAAAAGAACAAUAACAUAAUAGAGUAGUGUUGGGUGUAUUUGUUUUUCAUUAUACCCAAAUUUGGGUGGUAGGAUUGGGGCAGGAAAUACUUGUCAAGCACAAGAUGAUUUUUUUUAACAUGGAUGAUUUGAUAUUUGAUAAUUUUUCAAUUUUUGUGAAAAGAAAAUUGAUUUUGAUUCAAGUUAUUGAUGUCAUAUUUACUGUCUUACAUUUUGAUUUGAAUGUUUCUGUGAACAGUGUAAACAUAAUUCCACUUCACAUUCUGUGUCCUAAAUCAUCUGCUUCAUAUGAUUCCACAUGGGUUAAAAUUUUACCUCACAUUCCUGCCUACACUGGGGUAUCCAACUCAAAUGUCUGUGAUUUUCACAUGUAAAUAUGUGUAUAUAGCUGUAUAGUUAUAACCUAUAAAUUUUAUGUAAAGCAAUAAAUAUUUUAUACACUUA